AUGUCAGAGUUUAAUGAUACCACCAAGAAGCUUACGCGUGUACUGUUCCUUGGUCUCAUGGCGACCGAACUUUCUCUCUCGCAAGUGGAGUGUGCUAUAAAAGUACUUGAUGCUCGUCGACAGUGAUUCUUUUCUUUCUCCAAAACGAUAUCUAUUGUCCUUAGAAAAGUCUCUCAAUAUGCUUCUGUCACCCAUUCACAACCUCAUCGCAGCUCUAUCCACAAUCCCAUUCUCACACGCGUCUUUAACAGGUCUCACACCUUGCGACGCCCUCAUCUCAGCAGGCCUCAGUGACCGCAUCCUCACCCCCCUCUCUCCGUCGUACUCCACUCAACUCCUCACCUGGUAUAACACAGCGACCCGCCGCCACCCAUGGUGCAUCGUACUUCCGCACACAUCAUUAGAGGUAUCCCUCGUGCUCACCACCCUCAGUGCAGUCGGUUCUGGCGCUGGCGACUGGGCCAUUGCGGUCAAAAGUGGUGGCCACGGCAACGACGCAUCGAACAAUGUCGACAGCGGCGUGACGAUCGAUCUACAGUAUCUCGAUUCGGUGGAUUACUACGAACACAAUGGGUCAGCAUCGAUCGGGCCGGGCGCCAGGUGGGGCGAUGUGUACAAGAGACUCGGCGAACAGGGGGGCGCAGUGACAGGAGGACGAGACGCGAAUGUUGGAGUGGGUGGAUUUCUACUGGGUGGUGGGAUGUCGUAUUAUACCGGGCGUACGGGCUUUGGCUGCGACAACGUGAUCAACUUUGAAGUCGUACUGGCUAGUGGCGACAUCAUUAACGCGAACGCAACCUCCAACGACGACCUAUGGCGCGCGCUGAAGGGCGGAAGCAGUAACUUCGGCGUCGUGACGAGAUUUGACCUAGAGGCGUUUCCGGCGCGCAAUCUGACGUACGGCCAGAAGACGAUGAGUACGGAGUAUGAGGAGGAAUUCGUUCAGGCGGUGUUUGAGUUUGUAGAACGAAGCGAGGAGCACGUGAAUGAUGCUCUUGUGCCGUACUAUUCGUAUGAUGCAGCAAGUGAAGAGAUAGUGAUGAGAGCGAUCACCGUUAACACGAAGGCGGAACCGAAUACGAGGGCAUUUGAUAAGGUGGAUAUUAUUCCGGCAAUUGAACCUGGAUUGAGGACGGAGAUGAGUCUCGCAGAAGCAGCUGGUGGGACCCUAGAAGGUGUUGUGAGGGGCAUUUCAUUCACGCUCACUUUCAAAAAUGACCUCAGCAUCUUACGCCGAGCCACCGAGUUACACCACGAAUACGUCAUUCAAAUGAGCGAGCUCAUUGGUGCGUCCAACUUUACCACCCUCAAUUUCUUCCAGCCUCUGCCAUCAUAUUUUGGGGCGAUCGAACACCGCAAAGUUGGUAAUAUGCUUGGUCUCGACCACGUAAACCAGAACAAUAUCCUAUGGGUCCUCGGAAUCGGUGUGCUAGGUGGCGAAGACCAGCAGGCGAUCGCACAUGCGAAAGGUGCGAAUAUCACCGCGAUGGUUCAUGAUUUUGCGGAGUCCGUUGGAGGCGGGAACGAUCUUAUCUAUCUGAACUAUGCAGAUGCAAGUCAAGAUCCGAUUGGCAGCUAUGGACUUGAGAACAUCCAAUUAAUUCGGGAUGCUGCUGCUAAGUAUGAUCCUGCAGGUUUCUUUCAGCAACGUAUCCCUGGUGGGUUCAAGAUCUCUAGAGUGAGUUCGUGCGCUGGGACGCCAUGUAAUCAUUGAUAGAGAUCGAUGGACCGUAAAGAACUCGACAGUAUUGGCAGGUUAAAUACGUAUCCUUCAAACAAGAAAUCGUAAUAUUAAGAUAGACAACAAAAUAUCCAUUGUUCACAUGAUGUGUUCGAAACUGCUCCCAGAGCAAAUACUGGCUCAGUAGUAAGCGAAGCAAGGGAUAAAGGUUAUCCCUUACACGACUGUUCUCGCGAAGGGACAGCGCUGU